CCUGCCCACGUCCUUCACCCCGGAAGCGCCUUCCCAGCCCGGCUGCGGCGUGACUUUGAGCGCCUGAGAUGAAGCUGCUGGGAGCCGCCGCGGCCCUGGGCCGCUGGCCGGGGAAGCAGGUGAGCUGGCUGAGCCGUCGCUGGUGCUCAGCAGGGGUGAUUCCUAAUGAAAAAAUCCGGAAUAUCGGCAUCUCGGCUCACAUCGACUCUGGGAAGACCACCUUAACCGAACGAGUGCUUUACUACACCGGGAGGAUAGCCAAGAUGCAUGAGGUGAAAGGCAAAGACGGGGUUGGCGCUGUCAUGGAUUCCAUGGAGCUGGAGCGACAGAGAGGCAUCACCAUCCAGUCGGCGGCCACCUACACCCUGUGGAAGGGCGUCAACAUCAACAUCAUUGACACGCCAGGGCACGUGGACUUCACAAUAGAGGUUGAAAGGGCCCUCCGAGUGCUGGAUGGCGCAGUCCUGGUUCUCUGUGCUGUGGGAGGGGUGCAGUGCCAGACCAUGACCGUUAACCGCCAGAUGAAGCGCUACAGUGUCCCCUUCCUGACGUUCAUUAACAAGCUGGACCGGGCGGGUUCCAACCCGGCCAGGGCCCUGCAGCAGAUGCGGUCCAAACUGAACCAUAAUGCAGCAUUUGUACAGAUACCCAUUGGCUUGGAGGGGAACUUUAAAGGUGUUGUAGAUCUAAUAGAGGAACGAGCCAUUUAUUUUGAUGGAGACUUCGGGCAGGUUGUGCGGUACGACGAGGUCCCCGCGGAGCUGAGGGCGGUGGCGGCCGAGCACCGGCAGGAGCUGAUUGAGUGUGUCGCCAAUUCAGAUGAACAGCUUGGGGAACUGUUUCUAGAAGAAAAAAUCCCCUCGACUUCUGAUAUAAAGCUUGCGAUCCGAAGAGCCACUCUGAGCAGGUCGUUUACUCCUGUGUUUUUGGGAAGCGCCUUGAAGAACAAAGGAGUCCAGCCCCUUCUGGAUGCGGUGUUAGAGUAUCUCCCGAAUCCAUCAGAAGUUCAGAAUUACGCCAUCCUCAAUGAAGAAGAUGACUCGAAAGAGAAAACCAAGAUCUUAAUGAACUCCGAAAGAAACUCUUCUCACCCCUUUGUAGGCCUGGCUUUCAAGCUGGAGGCGGGUCGGUUUGGGCAGUUAACAUACGUUCGCAAUUACCAGGGAGAGCUGAGGAAGGGUGACACCAUCUACAACACGCGGACCAGGAAGAAAGUGCGGGUGCAGCGGCUGGUCCGCAUGCACGCAGACAUGAUGGAGGACGUUGAGGAAGCCCAUGCUGGGGAUAUCUGUGCCUUGUUUGGCAUUGACUGCGCUAGUGGAGACACGUUCACAAACAAAGACAACAGUGGCCUUUCCAUGGAGUCAAUUCAUGUUCCUGAUCCUGUCAUUUCAAUAGCCAUGAGACCUUCUCACAAGAAUGAUUUGGAAAAAUUUUCAAAGGGCAUUGCCAGGUUCACAAGAGAAGAUCCCACGUUUAAAGUUCACUUUGACAUAGAGAGCAAAGAAACAAUUGUGUCUGGAAUGGGAGAGUUGCACUUGGAAAUCUAUGCUCAGAGGAUGGAAAGAGAAUAUGGCUGUCCUUGUACCAUGGGAAAGCCGAAAGUCGCCUUUCGAGAGACCAUCACUGCUCCUGUCCCGUUUGAGUUUACACAUAAAAAGCAAUCGGGUGGUGCAGGCCAGUAUGGGAAGGUGAUAGGCGUGCUGGAGCCCUUGGAUCCAGAGCACUACACGAAGCUCGAGUUCGCAGAUGAGACAUUUGGGGCAAAUGUUCCAAAGCAGUUUGUACCUGCUGUGGAAAAGGGAUUUUUAGAUGCCUGUGAGAAGGGCCCUCUCUCUGGUCAUAAGCUCUCUGGGCUCCGGUUCGUUCUGCAAGAUGGAGCACACCACAUGGUUGAUUCCAAUGAAAUCUCUUUCAUCCGCGCAGGAGAAGGUGCUGUCAAACAAGCCUUGGCAAAUGCAACAUUAUGUGUUCUUGAACCUAUUAUGUCUGUGGAAGUUGUAGCUCCAAAUGAGUUUCAGGGACCAGUGAUUGCAGGAAUUAACCGGCGCCACGGGGUAAUCACGGGGCAGGAUGGUGUUGAGGACUUCUUUACACUCUAUGCAGACGUUCCUCUAAAUGAUAUGUUUGGUUACUCCACUGAGCUCAGGUCGUGCACGGAGGGAAAGGGCGAGUACACAAUGGAGUACAGCAGAUACCAGCCGUGCUCGCCGUCCACACAAGAGGACAUCAUCAACAAGCAUUUGGAAGCUACAGGUCAACUUCCUGUAAAAAAAGGAAAGGCCAAGAACUGACUCUCCUCACGUAACUGAGUGUACAGUGGUUAAAUACUGUGAAGGAUUCCAGUGGGAUGAAUUCAGGCUGCUGAAACAAUUUAGAAGCCCUUUUAAUUUUAUAUUCAGGCACUUCUGUUAUAUUCAAAGUUAAUUAUAUAUAUAUUUCUAUUAAUUG